GGAUCCGCAUGUUAUUUGAGGCGUUUGGGAUUCGUUGGGCGACAAUUUUCUGUGGGUGCACUAGAAUUGGAAGUGUCAUGUUUCCUUCAUCGUUCUCUAGGGUUCGGUUGGUUUUGGAUUAGCAAAGGAAAUUUUUACUUGCAAAAUUUUUCGUAGAAUUUGUUGCUGCAACUGCAGAAGCAUAGCUUGAAGAAGGGGAAGUGCGCCGAGAGAGGAGAGCGGCCAAGAGGAUGCCGUUGGGGAAAUACUACUGCGAUUACUGCGACAAGCAGUUCCAGGACACCCCCGCCGCCCGGAAGCGCCACCUGCAGGGCACCCAGCACCAGCGCGCCCGCGCCCUCUGGUACGACUCCGUCCGCCACCAAGAUCAGCAUGGCGGCGCUUCCUCCCUCCUGCUGCCCGACGGCACCCUCGCCAAGGGCGUCUGCCACCACUUCGUCCGCACGGGGACAUGCAAGUAUGGGGAUUCAUGUCGAUACUUCCAUCCCAAGCCAGAUGGUGUUAAUCCAUCGUUAGCUGCACCAGGACCUGGGCCUGGAGCCAUUGUGCAGCAAUCUAAUUUUCUUGGCAGCCAGCCCAAUUUUGUUGGAUACCAGGCAGCUGAACGAAAUUCUUUCUCAGGGAAUGUACUUGGGGCCCACACGUCCUGGGGCAACUUACCGCCGUCGCUGCAACCCCCUCCCGAAGGUGGCUAUCCUCCCCUUCCUUUUGUGGACUGGGGCUGAAGGAGUUUCGCCCCAUGCUGAACAUCGGUUGCUUAAUGCUAAAAACGCCUAUGUUCAGUAUCGGUGCGUGAUAGGACGAAGGGUAUCCCAGCUCAAGUUCCAACCGCAGAGCAUGCCUGUACGGCAUUUGGAUAGUCCCUGUGUCCCAGCGGGGUUCUUCUGGCAGCUGGGAAGUUCCCAUCCACCAUCCAUGUACAAGUAGCACUGUUGAGCUUAGUGGUGCACAGCACCUGGCUUUCACAUGCUAUCAUCAGGUAGGAGUAUGACGCUUUCUUUGCUGUGCUGGUUAUAGUAACCGUUGUUCUGCCGCCUUCUUUUUCAUCUCAUUUUGGACUCAA